AUGCGCACCCCCAAGAGCAAGGCCAGGGCCGACGCGGCCUCCAGGAAGGGCAGCGCCUUCUCGGCGCCCAAGGCCACGGCCCCCAAGACCAUGCCGGCGUCCGCCCCCAGCGGCUUCCCCGGCGGCAUGCUGUCCCCGGAAGAGGUGGCGCUGCUGGCCGCCCAGCAGCAGGCCUUCCACGAGGAGGCGCUGCUCGCCAUGGCCGGCCUGCUGCCCCCGGGAGUCCCCGGCAUGCCCCCCGGCGCCGCGCUGCCCCCGGGCGGCAUCCCCGCCGCCUACCUGGACGAGUACGCCCGUCUGCUGCAGCAGGAGCAGAAGGCGCAGGGCGCGGCGGCGCGCAAGCAGCGCCCCAAGAAGUACCGGUGCCCGCACUGCCAGGUCGCCUUCAGCAACAACGGCCAGCUCAGGGGGCACGUCCGGAUACACACAGGCGAGCGUCCCUUCCAGUGCGACGAGGAGAGCUGCGGCAAGCGCUUCACGCGCAACGAGGAGCUGACGCGCCACAAGCGCAUCCACUCCGGACUGCGGCCCUUCGCGUGCCAGGCGUGCGGCAAGCGCUUCGGGCGCAAGGACCACCUCAAGAAGCACACGCGCACGCACGACCCCGCGCACCGCAUGGCCCAGCUCAUCCCCAUGCUGCCGCCCCCGCACUACCUCUACGGCUUCUGA